AUGACUACAGUGCCAGCUGUCAUACUAUGUUUAACGUUGCUUAGCUGUGUGUGUGAUGGAGUGAAGACUUUUCCACCAGGUUUUAAGUUUGGAGCAGCUACUGCUUCUUACCAAGUCGAGGGCGCAUGGGAUUCCGAUGGCAAAGGCGAAAGUAUUUGGGAUCGCUUCGUCCACAAAUUUCCUGAAGCUAUACUGGGACUGCAUUUUUAUAGAUUUUCAAUUAGUUGGCCUCGCAUAUUCCCCACGGGUUUCUCAAACAAGCCUAACGAAGCUGGGAUCAAGCAUUAUAGUGAUUUGAUUGAUGCAUUAUUAGAUGUUGGUGUAGAGCCAGUUGUCACCCUAUACCAUUGGGAACUACCAGUUGCCAUACAGGAUCUGGGAGGAUGGGCAAAUCCUUACAUAUCAGACUGGUUCGCGGAAUAUGCUAAACAGGUGUUUUCUCUAUACGCUGAUAGAGUGAAAAUAUGGUUAACAAUAAACGAGCCGUGGUUAAUCUGCGACGUUGGAUACGUAGACGGUAACUUUGCUCCAGGGAUAAAGGAGGAUCAAUUUGGCCCCUACAUCUGCAAUAAGAAUUUGUUAAUGGCUCACGCGAAGGCAUACCGGGUUUUUGAUCGAAACUUCAGAAGUUUGUAUGGAGGUCGUAUAUCGAUAGCCAAUCAUUUGCUGUGGUUUGGGGCCGAGUCUCCAGAAAACGAGAAAUUAGCACAACUUACUAUGGAGUUCAUGAUGGGACGUUACUGUCACCCAAUAUUUUCGAAACAAGGUGGAUGGCCUCCGAAGGUUGAGAAGCUGAUGCAGGAUUACAGUGAGAAGCAGGGUUAUAGCAGGUCUCGCUUACCUGCCUUCACUGCUGCGGAGAGACGGUUUGUCAGAGGUACGGCAGACUUCUUCGGCAUGAACUACUACAUGGGUCUAUCUGUGAGACAAGCAAAACCGGGCGAGAAAAUUGUGAAUUCGAUCAUGACGGGAUCGUAUGAACUAAAUGCUGUGAUGCAAGUUCCUCGUGAUGCUUAUAUAAGUGCUACUCGGGUGGUCUACCCCGUAGGACUUCGACGUUCACUGUCAUGGGUUAAGAAAUCUUACGGAAAUUGGGAAAUAUUUAUAACAGAAAAUGGUUACCCAACCGCCGGAUUAGAGUUGGAAGAUUACAAUCGAGUUGUUGGAUUGAAGGACCAUUUGGAACAGAUACAUCUUUCAAUAUAUGAAGAUGGCGUUAAUGUUGUUGGCUAUACAACCUGGGCAUUAAUGGACAAUUUUGAAUGGAUAGAUGGCUACAGCGUUCGAUUCGGCCUUUACCAAAUCGAUUUCAACGAUCCAGAACGCAAGAGGAAUCCGAAAUUGUCAUCCAAGUAUUACAAAUGUGUUAUUAAGAACAACUCGUUUGAUGUGCCAAAGGAAUGUUUUGAUAUGAGCUUUAAUCAAACUGAAGUGCGGUCGAAGAGGCAAAUAAAUGUACCGAACAUCCCAUUCCUUCCAAAGCCAGGUGAAGUGGCCAAUGGUGUUGACUUUAUGAAAGAAGUGUAUGAUAACAGACGCUGUAUAGCUAAAGUUAUGGGUUUAUUCGGAAAAAUGUUGUCACUUAUGGGUAAUAACUAG